GCUGCUGCGCGAGCUAAACACGAUGGCUUGGUUGGUUGCGUACCCGGCAGUGGCCAUGCUGGCCAUGUUCAUCGUGCUGGUCAUCAUGCUGAUACUCCGGUUCGGUGCACGGUUGUGUCAGCUGCGCCAUCACACCCUGCCGGACGAUCAGGAUUUGCGCGACCAGGCGUACGAUCAGAAGGUCAGCUACGCCUGACCGACCGACCCCGGCAGCUGAAACGCCAUCAAUGACGCCAAAAUAUUGCUGACGGGAGGAAGGGAUGGUGUGUGGCUCCCCCCUUUUUUAUUGUAUUUCCAUUUAUUUUUCACAAUUCCACUAAGCAUUGUUUCAUUCUUUUUAUAACGUGAAUCUCGAUUUUCAUACCGAUCGGGGAGGAACAAACACGAAGGAUGCUUUUGCCCCCUUGCAGUUCGCUAGAGCUAGACUUUAGAGAUGUGUACUACUAACCAUGUGUAGUGUUAGUAACACAUAGAAGAGUAUUCUUUUUUUUUAAUUUCCACAAAUGACAGCUAAACGUAAGACUUGUAACUACUCUACUGUGCAACACAUUCCGUCCAGAGAAGGGAAAGCUUCCCAUAGUUUUAAAAAAGCCGUCCGUUACGAGCGCAACAAUUUGUUUGUUUUUGUAGAAUGUUCCAACACAAAACGUAGUUUUCCGAAGCAAUGCAAUGCAGUUAAUACAUACAGAAAAGAAAACAAUGUGCCUUUUAUACACAAAACUUUACUAACGUUCAUUAAAGUUCCACUCUCACUCAUACAAAACCAAUCGAUUUUUAGAACAUUUGUACAAGAAGAAGCAAUAUGUAGUAAACGAUAAAAUAAAUAAAAACCCUUUUUUAAUUUCUACAAAACCCAA